CAAAUAGGAUGAACUUGUCAUGUUACCUGCUUAAAGGCGCCGCCGGUUGCGUGUGGAAAGCUCAGUCUGGUGUCAUUCAUAGGUAAAUGUUAACUGUUUUUCUUAUCUGCUGUAAAGUUAAAAGAAAAGUGGAAACAGACAGAUUAAUAAGGAGAGGAGUGUUUGGAUGUGAAGCGAGCAAUCACAGGGUGGAUUAGAUCCUCUACCCAGGAAUCAGAGCGCGCAUUGUUGUUGAAGAUGCGGAAACAGCAACACAAGCAACAACAACAAUCUGGAUUUUAACCCAACGGGAUCAUUUACAUGCAUUGGAAGAGGCAUGCCUUGGCUCAGGAGAAGGGUGAAAAUGUUCCAACUUGGAUCGACACCCAAGCACCCUGAACUUUUCUUCUUGUUGGGACUAUCUCUGUGCAAUGUGUCGGCUGAUUAUUACACAGAUUAUCCGCAGAACUAACGGGUUUGGUUUGCACCUGAUUCAUCAUGUCCAAAGUCAUUCAGAAGAAGAACCACUGGAUCACAAAAGUGACCGAGUGCGCAGUGGUCCGGGACGCGUGUGGGGAGCUGAAUGUGGAGCUGCGCGGAGGAGCGGAGAAUGGGGAGUUUGCAUACAUCGGUCAAGUUAGGGAGGAUGCUGUGGUUUACCAGGACGGAAAAGUCUGCGAAGGGGAACUGCUACUGGAAGUGGAGGGGCUGUCUGUGUCUGGAUUACCCCUCUAUGACAUUUUAACUGUGAUGAAAUGCUGCAAAGAUCCAAUCAGGUUAAAAACUGUGCGCCAAGGUCACAAGCUCAACAAGGACCUGAAGCACUACCUGAGCCUGAGGUUUCAGAAGUCUUCCGCAGACCAUGAGCUGCAGAAGAUCAUCAGAGCCAAUCUGUAUCGCCAUGCUGUGCCUUGUACGACCCGCCCACCUCGAGACGGAGAGGUCCCAGGGGUGGAUUACAACUUCCUAUCUGUGGAGGACUUCCUAGAACUUGAGGAGAGUGGCACCCUAUUGGAAAUAGGAACAUACGAAGGUAACUAUUAUGGGACCCCCAAGCCACCAAGGCAGCCCAUCAUUGGGACAGUGAUUCUCGGUGAUACAGGCUCCCAGCAGUCCACCCCAAAGCGCACCAAGUCCUACAAUGACAUGCAAAACGCCCGAGUAGUGCCUGCUGACGACGACGAUGACGACCAGGCCACGGAAAUGAACAACAGUUUUACAGGAUCCUUAGUGCGUAGUCUCUUCCCCUCUCCUUUGUUGUGCACAGGUAACCCUAACGACCAGGACGAGAGCCGCGGCGGCAUCCUCCGGCCGUACCCCGCACGUGACAAUGCUCCAUCCAUUGGUCUGAACAAUGCGGCCAUCUCCACCGCAGACAGUGGGCAGCAGACCCUGGCAGAACCGCAGGUCUCUCCAGAAGACCCGCUGGGACCGCUGCCUGAAAACUGGGAGAUGGCUUACACUGAAAACGGAGAACUCUACUUCAUAGACCACAACACAAAGACCACAUCAUGGCUGGAUCCUCGAUGUCGAGACAAAGCCUCCAGACCUCUGGAAGAGUGUGAUGACGAUGAAGAAGGGAUACAUACGGAGGACCUGGAGAGCGACCUAGAGCUGCCUCCAGGAUGGGAGAGGAUAGAUGACCCAGUGUACGGAGUGUAUUAUGUAGAUCAUAUAAACAGGAAGACCCAGUAUGAGAACCCGGUGGUGGAGGCGCGGCGCCGCAAAAUCCUGGAGCAACAGCAGCAGCCGCAGCCUCCAGAAGGUGAGCGGUAUAUUCGAGAAUGGAUAGAGGAGCAUUCCUCAGCUGCAGCUCCAUUGGCUAACUAUGCUCCAAACCACCUGGAGACCUACAGGGACCCUCAGGUCCCACCAGCUCUACCUCCGGGCCCUGCAGGACCCAAACGAGGGAAGCCUUUUUUCACAAGAAACCCAGCAGAGCUGAAAGGAACUUUCAUCAACACUAAACUGAAGAAGAGCCGUCGUGGCUUUGGCUUCACUGUUGUUGGAGGUGACGAGCCAGAUGAGUUUCUACAGAUCAAAAGUUUGGUGUUGGACGGGCCUGCAGCUGUGGAUGGCAAAAUGGAGACAGGUGAUGUGAUAGUCAGUGUGAAUGACACCAUCGUGCUCGGCUACACUCAUGCUCAGGUGGUGAAGAUCUUCCAAUCCAUCCCCAUCGGUUCUAUGGUGGACCUGGCCUUAUGCCGCGGCUACCCACUGCCCUUUGACCCUGACGACCCCAACACCAGCCUGGUGACCUCAGUGGCCAUCUUGGACAAGGAGCCUAUCAUUGUCAAUGGACAGGAGACAUUUGACUCACCUUCCAACCAGGCCGGACCAGUUAAUGGCAUGAGAGAGCCGCGACCACACAGCCCCUCGGCUGAAGUGGCGUCUAACGGUUCACAUGGCUACUCCAGCGAUGUUGUCACCCUGGCCUCUUCCAUAGCCACACAGCCUGAGCUGAUCACCAUCCACAUGGAGAAGGGAGACAAAGGGUUUGGCUUCACCAUCGCUGACAGUCUAACAGGAGGUGGUCAGAGGGUCAAGCAGAUAGUGGACUAUCCACGCUGCCGUGGUCUGAAGGAGGGGGACAUUCUGAUGGAGGUCAACAAGAGAAAUGUCCAGAAUAUGAGCCACAACCAGGUGGUGGAUCUGCUGAGUAAAUGUCCCAGAGGCAGCGAGGUCACCAUGUUGGUGCAAAGAGGAGUGGUGCCAGCCAAGAGGAGUCCAAAGCUGGUGCACCAGUUAGAGAGAAAAGACAGCCAGAGCAGCUCCCAGCACAGUGUGUGCAGCCAUCGCAGCACCCACACCGAUUCUCCCAGCCACCCACCCUCUGCCAUGCCCAGUGAGGCUGUGGUUCCCACUCCUGCUGCACCCACUCAGCCGCUGCCAGGCCUGCCCCCUCAGGACCCUGCAGAUGGCACCCUCACCCUCCAGAAGAAGCCAGACCCCUUUAAGAUCUGGGCUCAGUCCAGGAGCAUGUACGAGAGUCGACUGCCAGAUUGCCAGGAGCAGGACAUUUUCCUCUGGCGGAAGGACACAGGCUUCGGUUUCCGAAUUUUAGGGGGAAAUGAGCCCGGGGAACCGAUCUACAUAGGGCACAUAGUGAAGUAUGGUGCUGCAGAUGAGGAUGGUCGUCUGCGGUCAGGUGAUGAGCUCAUCUGCGUGGACGGCACAGCGGUGGUGGGCAAGUCUCACCAGCUGGUGGUACAGCUGAUGCAGCAGGCUGCCAAACAGGGUCACGUCAAUCUCACUGUCAGACGCAAGACCCCUGGAUACGGAGUGUCAAAAGGGGACGGUGAUGUUCCCCCAUCUCCCGCUUCUUCACACCACAGCAGUACCCAGGCACCCAGUCUGACAGAGGGCAAGCGGACCCCCCAGGGGAGCCAGAACUCCCUCAACACCGUCAGCUCCGGCAGUGGCUCUACCAGCGGCAUAGGCAGCGGUGGCGGUGGUGGCAGCGGGAGUGCAGUAGUGCCCGCCACCCUGCAGCCAUAUGAUGUGGAGAUCCAGCGUGGAGAGAACGAGGGCUUCGGUUUCGUCAUCGUGUCAUCUGUUUCCAGGCCCGAUGCCGGCACCACCUUUGCUGGAAAUGCUUGUGUGGCCAUGCCCCACAAAAUAGGACGUAUCAUCGAGGGCAGCCCAGCAGAUCGCUGCGGGAAGCUGAAAGUCGGGGACCGAAUAUUGGCUGUUAAUGGCUGCUCCAUCACCAACAAGUCACACUCGGACAUCGUCAACUUGAUCAAGGAAGCUGGGAACACAGUCUCUCUCAGGAUCAUCCCGGGUGAUGAAUCUUCCAAUGCUUCUCUGCUGACCAAUGCAGAGAAGAUCGCUACCAUCACCACCACACAUACACCUCAGUCUACAGACUCCCGGAAUAACUCAAAGUCUAAAGGAGCCCCUCCUCCUCCACCUACACAAGCUCAGACAACACAGGAUGCUGAGUUCUACUCUGUGGACCUCGAACGGGACAGUAAAGGUUUUGGUUUCAGUCUGAGAGGAGGACGGGAAUAUAACAUGGACCUCUAUGUUCUGAGAUUAGCAGAGGAUGGGGCUGCUGUCAGAAAUGGAAAGAUGAGGGUAGGAGAUGAGAUCCUGGAAAUAAACGGUGAGAGCACAAAGAACAUGAAGCAUUCACGUGCUAUUGAACUGAUCAAGAAUGGCGGUCGGAGGGCACGGCUUGUCCUCAAACGGGGAGACGGAUCUGUACCUGAAUAUGACGGCAGCAGUGACGGGCACCCUCCCACACCCGGGGCACAAAACACUCCGGAAGUGAGAACGCUGCCACCCCACAGCCGAUAUCACACCUCAUUGGAGUCCAGUUAUCCACCAGACCUUCACAAACCAUCACGCCAGGAGGAGACUGCGCGUGGCCGAGACAGGGACAGGAACAGGGACAGGGCUGGGGCAGAUCAGAUGGACUACCAAGGCCAGCAAUUUAACCCCCACCAUCAUCACACCUGGAAUAACAAUCACAGUCAAAGUACCCCCAGACAACAGUCUCCAGAGGACAGUAACAGCAGUAGCAGUGGCAACAAGAAGAGCCGAGGCCGCAAAGUCAAGAAGUCUGAGUCGGAGAGCGGCAUCUCUAAACUCCUAAAGACUCUGAGGAAAGACAGCUCAGGGAAGAAGGCUGCAGCUGCGGAGAAACUGAGGGGGCGAGAGCUCUCAAGCAGCAGUUCUACUUUGGACGGGAGGUUUCGACAGCAGCGCCGUGGCUCCCUUGAUCGCUCACCAACCCGGAAGCGUGCCUCCUCUCCUGACCGUCGGCGGGCCAAGUCGAUGGACCGCAGGGCAGAGCGAGCACAUCGGGACCGUACACCUGAGAGGGAGUGUGAUGACGGAGGAUUCCUCGCCGUCACUCCUGAGCGCAAGUUCUACGAGCGAAGGCUCUUCAAGGACUCUGUAAUGGCUGGGCGAGUUAGGGAGGUCACAACACCUGAGCGCACUAACAACAACGGGGAUUCCUUGUCUUUUUCCAGGGGCCGUACAUAUGACAGAGCCACAAAGAACGGCAACCUCCUGAGAGACUCUUCCUCAGAGAGAAAGGAGGAGAGAUACCGGAUGAACGGGACACCGGAGAGACGAUACAGAGUGGAGCGUGACUCUUCCCCUGACAGCACCUACAGCCGGGAGGAGCUGAACUAUGCAGCAGCACCCAGACUGAAGGACUACUAUAGCAUGAUGAAGAACAACGCCGCACACAACAAUGCUGCAUACAAUAACACAGGCCAUAAUAAUAACGCAGUAGGCCGCAGCCCAAACCAGCUCCCUGAGCCCAAGAGGAGGCUGUACAAAGAAAGCCCCAAAGACCUCAGCAUUUAGAGCAGAGCAGAGAUCCGCCUCGCCACUCUCUCCUCUAUCUGUGCAAAAUGUACCAUACACUGGAAAUGGACUUCACAGGAUACUAACUCUUGUGCUUUAUUUGGUUGACUGGUUUAUUGAUUGAUUGAUUGGUUGAUUGAAUUGACUUAACUACUUGUGAUCCCAUGCAGAGAUUCAUAAAACAGCAAGAGUACAAUCCUAUCAGUUCAUACUGGUUGUUUUGUCAUUGUUAUAGUUAUUUUGAACAUAACAGAGGUUGUUGUACUAUAGUAAAGGUAUUGUAUGUGCCUGCAUAUGAAAUCAGUGAUAUUGCUUUUUGUAGGCAUUGCUGAAUCUAAAUAGUUGUUCCCUCAGAGGUCUAAAACAUGCUUCCAGUUGUGGUAAUUUCUAACUUCUAAGCUUGUUUUUUCAACUUGUUUUUAGAUGUCUUUUCCAUUCCAGAAUUGCUUUACUGAUCAAACUAUAGCACAAGACACUGAUGGUUCACAAGAACUGUGAAAAUGACACAUAUGUUGGACUUGAGGCAAAAAUCUAAAUUUGAGAUCUGAUGGUAAAACUAGAAUGAUAAUUAUAGAUAUAAUAUAUGACUUUUUGUAUUUGCUCAUUAUUUAUUAUUAAUUUGGCACAUAUCUUGAGCAAGAGUCAUUACAGCAUUUAAGGACAAAGGUAGAAGUGCACACUGAACCUGGGAACGCAUGUUGUACACUUAUGUUGCAUCUUUGAAUUGUGUGGCAGCUCACAGUCCUUUGCCGAAAUACACUCACGCUCCUCAAGUUAUGAAAAGGAAUCGGCCAGAUGAUGUGAAAAUUGGCAGUGGUUAUUAUUUUCCUCCCUUGUACUUGGAACUAUAAAAAUAACUUGAAGACUAUUUUUUUCUCAGUUACAUGUACUGAUGUAGCAGGAAAGAAACUCACUUUCAACUCUCGGCAAGACGGUUCUGAGUAGAGUCCUGUUAUGGGCACAUUAGACAAAUCCAAGUUUGUUGCUCUUUAGAAUUUCAAUUUAAUACUUCAGCUGAGUCUGUGUUGUGCCAGAAUACCAGCUUCAAGCUGCCAUAAAGUAGGUUUUUGUCUGAUAUGCCAAAAAGAAGUUUAGUUGAUCCAAAAUAAACAUUAAUUAUUAACCCUGUGCAAGAUACACGUGUAAAUGAAAGUAUAACCACCUUACCCAAAUGAUCUAUGUAAGAAUAAUCAACGAGGAAAAUGCACUGUUCUCCCACAGUAUGCUUGCCCUGUCCUCAUGUUAAUGACAGCCACAUUUGCGCACCAACCACCUCCUGGGUCUUGACACAGUGAUCUGAUGUGGUUUGCCGUGUUGGUAACGUGGAGAGUCCCGGCACAGGAGACGACCAAUCUGCCAUGCUGAGCCAUGCUGUCACACCACUGGAGUCUGACUGCUGCUUUAUAAUGUGUUUUUGUGUGUAUUCUGUUUUAUGUUUCAUUGAAAAGCUAAAAAUAUAUUGGAUAAACCACAACACAUGCAUUGUUUGAUCACUGUUGUCGCCAUGGUACUGUAUUAAACAACAAAAAAAAGGAAAAAAAAACACAUUUACGAAACCUGUUGGCCAUCAGCUGUAAAGAAUUUUUCCAAUGUAACUAUUAGGAACCUGUCGAGGAAUAAAAAUGUUGCCUUUUUCUUGUACAAAAGAGAAAUUUAUGAAAAACCUCAGCAGUGAGGAAUGUGAUAUUGUGUUUAUAUCUCUGAAAUGGACCUGACGAUUUAUGGAAAAUAUGUUCAUUUACUCUGGAUCAGGUAUGUAAAGACAUUUUAAAUGAAAGACUGUAUUUGGUCAAUCAGAAGCUGUUUGAUGGUUUGAAUCUUUCUCGAUGGUUAGCCUGCCUUUGUAUUAUAAAGCACUUGUAUGCAGUCUGUGUUCUUCAAGCAUUAUUUCUUGCAAUGUGCUCCGGACAUAAUGCUGUCUCUGUGUUGAUAAAAGCAGUACAUGUAUAUGGGCCAAUCUUUUUUAUAAAACUAUGCAUAUAUAAAUACUACAUUGUUCAUAGCUUUAUUUGACCCAUGAAGCUAUACAUAACAUUAGUAUAAGUACAAGUAGAUGUGGACUUAUCCAGCUUCUUUCCUUGAGAUGGAUUACAAUGUAUAUGUAGCUAUCAAAAGAAGUCUGUGAAUGCUAUUUUUAUUAUCAAAUAAAGUUUUCCAUACAAAUUCAAA